AUGGGCCAAUUCCAUUCCACUAGCCAGGCUAGCUCGGGCGCUUCAGAACAAUUAGACCGGAAGACCGACUAUUAUGAGCUGCUUGGUGUAACCCGCAGUGCAACAGACGAUGAGAUCAAAAAAGCAUAUCGAAAAAAAGCUCUUGUAUUGCACCCAGAUCGCAAUUAUGGGAAUGUUGACGAGGCUACCAAGCUGUUCGCCGAAAUACAAUCUGCCUACGAAGUACUAGCAGAUCCCCAGGAACGAGCAUGGUACGACUCCCAUAGCGACGCAUUUUUAGGGACCAACGGAAAUACCGAUGAUCAACACUCGUACAAUGUUCGAAUCACAACAGCCGAAGAUAUCCUCAGACUCUUUUCGAAGUUCAGUCCUCGAAUGGAAUUCUCCGACUCCCCAACCGGAUUCUUUGGAGGUUUGCGAGAGCAAUUCGAACAGCUCGUACUAGAAGAAAGAUUGGCCUGUCAGUGGGAAAAUCAAGAUCCUAUUGAAUAUCCAUCAUUUGGAUCUGGUAACGAUGAUUUCGAGACCGUUGUACGACCCUUCUAUGCUGCGUGGACCGGGUUUUCCACCCAAAAGUCGUUCGCAUGGAAAGAUGCUCAUCGUUAUUCUGAAGCGCCUGAUCGUCGGGUGCGGCGAAUGAUGGAAAAGGAGAACAGACGCCUCCGGGAGGAAGGCAUCCGAGAAUUCAAUGAUGCUGUCAGGUCACUCGUGGCUUUUGUCAAGAAACGUGAUCCACGGUAUAAAUUCAAUGCCCAAAGUGAAGCUCAACGCCAGGAAACCCUCCGCCAGUCUGUGGCUGCACAGGCUGCAAGAUCACGGGCUGUGAAUCAAGCCAAGAUGCGGGAUCAUGUCCUUCCCGAGUGGGCCCAGUCAGAGCAACCAGUGGCAGAUGACGACCAGGAGAGGAGCGAAGAGAGUGAAGUCGAGAGUUUUGAAUGUGUGGCAUGUCACAAAUAUUUCAAAAGCCAGAAGCAAUACGAGGCGCACGAACGUAGCAAGAAGCAUUUGAAGGCAGUCAAACAGCUAUGCUGGGAGAUGCGAAUGCAGAACCACGAAUUGGAUUUGGAACCCGCGGAUGACUCGAGUACCAAUGCAGUUACAACUAAACCUCUUGGGGUGGAUGACGGGAAAGAUUGGGUUUCUACUACCUCGGAGGUCGAUCUGGAACCAAGUACCUCUGUGAAGAGUCACGACAUUCCCGCUGAUGAUCGAGGGAGUUCGCAUGAUCUAGAGGAAGCAACUAUCUCCGAGCUAGAUACCCCAACGUCUUCCCACGAUGAUGAUUAUGCCUCCAGGGAAUAUGUCGAGACGAGGCUCCGCACCGAUAUGGAUUCUUUGUCCACAGGCGCCGGAGACUCCUCUGGUGUAUCUAGUCAUCCGUUCUCUUCGGACCUCACUGGCCAGUCACCAACUCUCAAAAUGGGCAAGGCCAAGCAGAAACGGGCGAAAAAGGCCGCGAAGCAAGCAGAUCAACCCACGGCGUUCAUUUGUGCAAAUUGCCAGGCUCACUUCACAUCCAAGUCUAAGUUAUUCGAUCAUAUUAGAGACCUUGACCACGCACAACCCUUAAUAGGAUCUGUUGCUAAAAAGGGGAGGAAACGCUAG